AUUGUUAAAAUCGCGUUAAUUCGCGUGUCAAUUAUCGCGUAAUUAAUAUUUCAUUACGUGAAGGACUGUAUCAAGCUCCUGCAUCGUUGCCGACUGUGUAACACUCAACCCGUCUAACAUAUGAGCAAAUUCCGUCAUGCCUGACCUAGAUCCCAUGCUCGAAGGCGCUAAGAAUGAGCCUGGCGUGCAAAAUGAUGUUGUUGACACGCAACAGCAGUACCCCAUGCCUACUGCAGAUGAACAAGACGACGGAAUAACGUCGAAUCUACAUCCUGACCAACAGCCCACCCAACCUGAAGAUCUCGAAGCCUCCACAACCCUCCACCAAGAUGUCCGACCAUCCAUUACAAGCAACGAAGAACUGCGACUAGCUGCUCAGUUGAGCCAAGAAAUGAGCCAAGGCAUGCCCGCCGUUCCUAUUGAAUCCCACGAGGAGUCCAACCUUAGAAAUGCACUGCUGCAGUCCGCGUCGCACGAUGCUCAGUUGCAACAACAACAGCAACAACAACAACAACAACAGCAGCAGCAGCAGCAGCAGCAGCAACAGCAGCAGCAACAGCAACAGCAACAGCAACAGCAACAUGAUGGAAUAUCGCGAGAUCCUAUACCGGAACAUAACAAUCAUGUACAUGAGCAACAUACUGAGCAUAUACCCCAUGAUGACUCAUCUAUGAAUGCCCACGAUCCGUCUGUUGUCCAACAUGAUCAACAGCCACAACACCACUAUAUACCCGGUCACCACCCCCAGGAACACCAGCAUAUGCAUAUAGCACCGCAACAGCCGCAUAUGCAACAACAUCCUGCACACUUACAGUCUCAGGGCACGAUGGAGCAACUCGUUCAACACUAUGCCGCACAAGCUUCGGGGAUACCAGAUAUUCCACCGAGAAAGAGGUCCAAAGUUUCACGCGCUUGCGACGAGUGUAGGAGAAAGAAGGUGAAGUGCGAUGCUGCUUUGGAGAGCGGCGAAGAUCCCUGUUCAAACUGCCGACGUUCCUCGAUCCGAUGUCUCUUCAGUAGAAUCCCUCAAAAGCGUGGGCCUAGCAAGGGAUACAUUAAAGAGCUUGCUGAUCGAAUAAACCACAUCGAAGGAAAGUUAGCAAGCGAUGGGGGUAAUGGGGAUAGGAGUAACAUGGAUACUCUAACCGAGCUCUUAAGUGGUGCUAGGAGAGACUCGAUGGAUAUUUUCAGUCCUACUGGACAGGCAGAGGAUAGUAGUCGUAAGAGGCCAUAUUCUAGUAUAUCUGGUGGCGAGUUUGCGACACCUAAUAGUUCACGACAAGCUACAUGGAGUUCUGAACCACGACCAAUCCAACCUUACCAGACCCCAUCUGGAAGUUUUAGGACUCCAUACUCUGCUAAUGGAUUAGCACCUCAACCAUUAUCCAAGCCCGAUUCAACAGUGGUGUCACGUCCAGCCACUGCCGGAGAUAAUGUGCCACUCGACCUUAAUCACAACGGCUCAACUCGCGAGCUAGACGAGGCUGCUUUUAGUGCCUACCUUAAUGUUGUCCAUCCUUGUUUCCCCCUGCUCGCAGCAGGCAAGGCACGAGUCGAAGGGCAGUUGGCGCAAUGCCCACCCCCCCUCCGCGAUGCAUUUAUUGAGGCGUUAUAUCUUAGUAUGCAGUCGUAUGUCUCGGUUCCUGGCCUCUACACUACUACUGACAUCGGCUCUGUCACACGCAUGAUCGCGGAAUGGGAGUCCGACCCGACCUCACGAACACCGGUCAUGAAUCUUGUGCAUCUUCAAACACUGAUCCUGACAGCUCUGAUGACCGACAAUUACGACGUGCCGUCGUUGAAGGGAGAGCACGGAGGCCCAUCUAAAGCAUCCAUUCUUGGGCGGGCUGUGGGUCUCGCUUAUACGAUGAGACUGCAUGUUUCAGGCCUUGAAACAACUCUCGAUGGCCAGUUGGAGCCGGAUUCAACCGAGAAUAUCUCAAUUCGAGCUUGGUGGACACUGAUCAUGUUAGAUCGGUGGAAUGCCAUCUCAACUGCGAGCCCUCUGUUCAUCCCGAACGACAGCGUGGUUAUUCUGCCUAGCCUAAACUCGGUACUAGGUGAAAAUGUGUACCAUCUAGCGCGAUUGUCAAAUAUCCUCGGGCACUUCGCACCGGUUUCCCUGGCUUCUCCAAAGGUUCUCUCCCCAGAGUCUGGAGCCGGUCCAAUUCUAAGCUCCUUUUUCAACUUAUCCAUCGAGCUGUUCCGAGAGAUUCUUCCUCAGAGUAUCUCCCCUACGACUCACCCGAUAUUACAUAUGGUCUACUGGCAUUGCAGAUUACUUGCGUAUCUCUUUCAGACCAAUGCGAAAUCUGCUGAUAUCCUAUGGCCUUGCAAGGAGGCCGUGACUCUAUUACUUACAAAUACGCAGCUGCUUAGCCCCUUGAACCAUCACUUCUUCUGCCUUACAACCCUAUCUCUAAUCGAGCUCGCUAAAGUCGAGAAGACGCGAGAUGAGGCUACGGGCCUCUUAAGGCAGCUCGUUGACGCGAAUCUUGCUCCGUCCACUUGGGAUGGAGUUAUUCGAGAUCGCAUCUCAGAUCAUCUUCGACCCUCGACUGCUCAAGCCGCAGCGAACCAAAGCCUGCAGCACCUUGCUGACCUAGCUACGGCAACAGAAAUGGAUACCGCCAAGCCUGACAAAAGUCUAGAGCCCACGUCUCUCAGGACAAGUGAUUGUUAUAGCGAUGUUGGGUUUGAUCCUCGCACGCUGACCCGAAAUGGCUACUUAAAUGUCUUGGCUGGUAUCCAUACGCGAUAGGAUAGCAUGAUGCCGGAUCAGCACAUAAUUCUAAGCUCGCCACAACAGGCUGCGCCAUCAUAUGGUGAGAUGCACCAAAUAGCCAGCCAACCGGAGGCCCCAGAGUACUACAUGUUCUACCACCAUCCCCCAUACCCUAUGCAAUGAAUAACGUUAAAUGAGCAUUGACGUAUGACAUUACGAGGGCAAAUCAACGAGUGAUUAGUCACCAAGCUCUUUCUAUGCUUGGAGCGGACUGCCUACGGUCUGCUCAUCACAAGUUCGCCAAAUAUCCAGGUAGCUACGGCAGAGAACACUGAGGUCGUACGCCCU